UGCACAUUGCGGUCGUGACGUGGACACUGUAUGUUUUCGAUUGCUGAUCCGAUCAGCCGCUCGACUCGAAAGGCGACGACCGAGUCCCGCGGCUCGGUGCCAUCCGACAGCCUUGUCCUGGUCUCUUUCCGACCAUCGAAUCGUCGAUGCACCGACACUGUGCGACUCUUCUAGCGCGCCAGUGACUCCCUGAAAACAUUCGGCCCCGCAGCGAUGACAGCACGCUCUCAGCCUUCUUCUGCUCGGCUCGUUUCAGCUUCGAAAACCUUGUCCGGAUGCUGUGACUGAGACUGAGAGUACUUCAGUGGGGCUCGAGCACUGUGCCACCCUCACCCCGCUCUCAAUGCACCUCCACACGACGUCAGCAGCUGCACUCGCCCUCUUGCCCAUCGCACUGGUGGCGGGUGCGGACACACUCCGGGACAAGCACUGCGCCCCGCCCCUGAAGUCUAGCUUCACGCACAACACAUAUACGUACACGGUCCCGCUGCCCCAAAUCACCCAGAUCACCAAGGACUUCUUCGACAUCGAGUGGUACGGCGGCGUCGUCGUGAGCACACACACCGGCCGGAACGGCGUUCCUGGUGCGACGCGCUCGGGCAACUUUACAGGCGGAUCGUUCCACGAGACUCUCACGGAAUACACGCUCCGGCCCGACGCAUUCGCGUACGCAUACAGCGGCGUCCCAUACACGUUCGCCCCGCCGCACGCGCAGCCCGUCCAUUUCGGCGUGUACGCGGAGACGCUGCGCUUCGAGAGCGUCUGUGGCGGCCGCGCGACGUACAUCGAUUUCCAGACGUGGUCGUGCGUCGACGAUCGCCCGGCAGGGUACAACUUCUGGUACACGCUCCAUCAGACUGCGGCGGAGGGCCUGGCGCAGACGCUCAAAGCCAACGUGCUUGCUGGGGAUUGCGAUUAGGCGGGGAUGGAUUGUGUAGGAUGAACGCGUGCUGCCAAUGUGUCAAUUGAAUGAAUGAAUGCGAUUUCGACUGGAUCGGUGUACGGCACUUUCCGCGUCGUUUUCGCGGUUCAUCUCGGUGACCACGGCAUUCUAACACAAGUGCUAUUGCCUCGGUCCUGCUGUCGCCGCUUCUAUCAUCUGCUAAUGCUUGCUGAUAUCACUGAUAGUACGUGAACCGAUCAUGAACGGUGUGUGAAACUUUCUCCGUGUUUCUGUUUGUGGACACAGGAUUCACGUCCUCAUUCGAUGUCUCGGUUCGCGCAUCGACUCUACUGCGUGUUUCUCAGAACAGUGGAAUGGAAUUGAUGGUCUAUGCAGUCGCAAAUGUUCCCAAUCCCACGUCGCGACGUGCUCGAGAGCACAGGCGAAGAGCCUCACUAAAACCCCACAUCGAGAAUCACUUCCUUGAAUCAGAGAUGAGGGAAAUUGACGCCACCUUCCUUGCGGUUCUACUUUCUUUCAUCUUUGGUGUCGGUAGAAGAGGACGAAAGACGGAUUGACUUUCACUCAGUCUUGUUGACCUUGCGUCCGGCGUCGAUUGUUAAGAAACUAGGUGCGGGCGGGAUGUCUUGUGACUUGAGAUGGAGAGUCUGUCGAUCUCUAUUCCUAACUGCUAUCUAUAAUCGUUUCUAUUCAGUUUGGACAAGGCGCCAAUCCCAUGACGCAGCGCCACUCUUGUCGUAUGCCUCGAGGAAACACUCAGCUUCGCUGAUAUGACAUGAUGCCCUGGUUCUUCUCGCUGGCGGUAAGCUGUAUUAAGAGCACUUGGGCCCCCCAGAACGAGACAACUGUGAAGCUCAAAGUUUCCAUGUAUCUCCUUCGCGCACUAUCCGCCUCUCCCCUGCUGGCGAUCGCACUGGCCGCCGCAGACCAGCAGGAAGAUCUGACACUCCUCGACAAGCCCUGUGCCGCAGAGCUGAAUCUCAACUCGAGCUUCAUACACAGCGCAUUCGCGUACUCCGUCCCCUUGCAUCAGGUCGCCCCGAUCGUGCAGAACUUCUUCGACAUCGAGUGGUAUGUACGUACCCCCGCUCCUUUCCAAGCACCCACCGCGCCCGUAUUGAAUCAGCUGAUCCACGGGGCGGCAUCGCCAUCACCAAUCACACGGGCCAGAACGGCGUCCCCGGCGCGACGCGCUCGGGCAUCCUGACGGGCGAGCCGUUCCACGAGACGCUCACGGAGUACACGCCCCGGCGCGCUCGCGUACUCGUACUUCGGCGUCCCAUACACCUUUGCGCCCCCGGGCGCGCCGCCCGUCUUCUUCGGCGCCUAUGCGGAGACGCUGCGCUUCGAGAGCAUCUGCGGCGGCGCGACGACUCUAAUCGACUUCCAGUCGUGGUCGUGCGUCGAUUUCCGCGCGAGGGCGUACAAUUUUUGGUACACGCUGCACCAGACUGCGGCGCAGGGUCUGGCGCAGAGGUUCGGAGCGAACGUGCUUGCCGGGGAUUGUGAGUGGACGGGGGGAUGCGUA